GUCUUUUUCUUCUUACCUCCAAAAAAAUUAUAUUACUAUUUUACAAAGAGUAAAAGCUUCUUUUAUAUAGACUCUAUAGAGACAUCAUCAUUACAACUCAAAUUGCACUCCGAUCAGUCGAUAGAGAAAGACACAUCCAACAACAAAAAAGAACUCAACUUUGAUUUUCUUCAUCAUUUAAAAAAAAAAUGGCUUUCUCUUUUCUCAAAACACUUCUCAUCUUCUUCAUCUUUAUGAUCUCACUCUCCUCUCCUUGUCUCUCUUCUUCUUUGCCAUCUUCCCCGACCAUCUCUCCCUUCCAACAGCUUUCUCCGGAUAUCGCCCCUCUCCUCCCUUCCCCCGGUGACUCUCUGCCUUCCGACGACGGCGGCGGCACAAUACCAGCUUCUCCAAGCCCUCCUGAUCCCGACACUAACGACGGCUACUACCCUGACCCUUUGGCCUUUUCUCCCUUAGCUUCUCCGCCGGUUUCUUCUCCUGCUCUUCCUUCAUCUCAUCCUUCCGCCGGAGUUUUACUCCUCACCGUUGUUCUCUCAUCCGCCUUCGUGGCGUUGUAACACUACUAUAAAGUUCACUUCACUUAUACAUCAACGAACGUUUUGGUUUCCACGUACGUGUUUUUCCAAUGUAUAUCAUUCUCGAAUAAUUUAAAAUGUUAAUUCGUUUGAGUUCGAUUGAGCAAUCAUAUAUAUGCAUGUAUUUGUAAAAAGGAUAAUACCAUUUGAUCACAAGUUCACAAUGUGUUUUGUCAACCAAUCGACUGACAAAAUUUCAUAA